AUGCGUUCCGCUCAAUUCCUUGCCCUGGCGAUGGCCGUCGCCACCUCUGAGGCUGUUUCUCAGGGUUUCAACUACGGUGCCACCAAGAGUGAUGGCAGCGUCCGUACUCAGGCCGACUUCGAGACUGCCUUCAGCACCGCCAAGAACCUGCAGGGCACCAACAGUGAAUUCACCAGUGCCCGUCUCUACACUAUGAUCCAGGGUGGUACCACCAACGGCCCCAUUGAGGCCAUUCCCGCCGCCAUCAAGGAGAAGACUGAGCUCCUGCUCGGUCUCUGGGCCUCCGGUGGCACCAUGGCCAACGAGAUCGCCGCUCUCAAGACCGCCAUCGACACCUACGGCGAUGAGUUCACCAAGCUGGUCGUCGGUAUCUCCGUCGGCAGCGAGGAUCUCUACCGUAAUUCCGCCAUUGGCUCUGGCUCCUCCGCCGGCCCUGGUCUCGAGGCCUCCGAGCUCGUUGACUACAUCAACCAGGUCCGCUCCGCCAUCUCCGGCACCACCCUGAGCGGUGCUCCCAUCGGUCACGUCGACACCUGGAACGCCUGGACUAACGGCUCCAACGCUGCCGCCAUCGAGGCUGUCGACUGGCUCGGUUUCGACGGUUACCCUUACUUCGAGAACACCAAGCCCAACUCCAUCGAUGAUGCCGCUGGUCUUUUCCAGACUGGUGUCAACAACUUGAAGGCCGCUGCCAAGGGUAAGGAGGUCUGGAUCACCGAGACCGGUUGGCCCGUCUCUGGCGACAAGCAGGGUCAGGCUGUCGCCAGCGUUGAGAACGCUAAGCAGUACUGGGAUGAGGUCGCUUGCCCUCUCCUCGGUAACACCAACACCUGGUGGUACAUCCUCUCUGAGGCUGGUGCUUCCCCCGACUUCGGUGUCUCCAGCUCCGACUCUAACACCACUCCUCUGUUCGACCUGAGCUGCAAGAACGCCACCAGCUCUGCUGCUUUCGCUUCCGGUACCCCCACCGCCUCCGUCGGUGAGAAGUCUGGCUCUGGCGCUGCUGCUGCCACCGCUACCGGUUCUUCCGGCUCUGGCUCUGAUGCCUCCGGCUCCGGCUCCAGCUCUGGUUCCGGAUCCUCUGGUUCCAGCUCCGGCUCUUCCUCCGGCUCUGGCUCUUCCGGCUCUGGCGCUGGUGCCGUCGGCUCCUCCGCUGCCCACUCCUUCACCGCCGUGCCCAGCGGAACCCGCCCCUCCACCACCCCCAAGGCUAAGAGCUCCUCUGCCUCCGUCUCCGCCUCCGCUACCGGCUCUGCCUCCACUGGCUCCGGCUCCAGCUCCUCCGGUUCCGGUUCCAGCUCUGGCUCUGGAUCUUCCGGCUCUGGCAGCGAUGCCUCUGGCUCUGACUCUGGCUCUGGUACCUCCUCCGGCACCUCUGCCUCUUCCACCCCUAGCUUCAACUCCGCUGGCCGUGUCACUGGCUCUGCCUUCGGUGCUCUGAUUGGUGCCCUUGCUCUUGCUUUCACUUUCUAA